AUGCUUGCUGCAGCACUGUCUCUUCUGGGCUGCUUCCAACCCUCUCUCGUUGCUGCUGGUCCUGUUACCCGUCGCUCCGACCUGAUCGUCAAAGACUUCCACCCUGCUCCGAGGGCCUGGUCAAACCUGGGGCCCGCGCCAGGUGAUCAUCUGAUCCACCUAACCAUUGGUCUUUCGCAGAGUCGCUUCGAUGAGCUUGAACGCCACCUUUAUGAAGUCUCUGACCCGUCACAUGCCCGUUACGGCCAGCAUUUGUCGGCUGAGGAAGUGUACGACCUGGUGAAACCUUCAGUUGACACCUCCGCCGCCGUCCACGAGUGGCUGCAUGAAUAUGGUGUUGACGUUGAGCAACUCACCUACAGCCCGGCCAGGGACUGGAUCACCGUCUCCCUGCCAGUCUCAGCCGUUGAGGAUAUGCUGAACACAGACUACUCUGUCUGGGAACAUCCCGAUGGCUCGACCCUGGUCCGCACCGAAGGGUAUUCUCUUCCGCACUAUGUCCACGAGCAUAUCAGCACGAUCCAGCCAACAAAUUCGUGGGCUCGACUUGAGGGCCACAAGACACGAACCGAGAUCAGGAAGCGCUCUUUGGUCACCAAGCGCAGCUCUCAUGUGCUCGAAGCUGCAGACACUUACUCACCCCCUGAUUCGAUUCCCCUGCCCGCGAAUUCUACCAUUUUUGCCGCAUGUAAUUUCACGUCGGUGACACCAGACUGCCUGCGGACCCUGUAUGGCACCCUUGAUUACGAGGUCAAGGCAGCCGGUAAGAACAAGAUGGCCCACACGAAUUACUUGGAGGAGGCCACCAACCGCUCGGACAUCAACAUGUUCUUGUCAAAGUUUCGACCCGAGGCGGCUGCCUAUGCCUUUGAGUUCGAGGCCAUUUCCAUUGCAGGCGGCGUUAUAGAUAAUGGCACCAAUGUCGCCGCGGAGGGAAGAGACAGAGAGGCAAACCUGGAUGCUGAAUAUAUGAUUGGAAUUGGCUACCCAACACCAUUAACCGCAUACCAUACCGGUGGGAGAAACCCGACGUUUGUGCCCGACUUGGUGACACCCGACAACAGCGAUGAGCCCUUCCUGGUGUGGGCCAAUUAUAUGGCAGGGCUGCCGGAUGAUGAGGUGCCUCAAGUCAUUUCCACCUCCUAUGGAGACGACGAGCAAACUAUGAGUCGGUCUUACGCCCAAGCAGCCUGCAAUCAAUUCGCACAGCUAGGAGCACGGGGCGUAUCACUAUUCUUUUCCAGUGGUGAUGCUGGUGUUGGAGGCGAUGGACAAUGUUUCAGCAACGUGGACAAUACUACAGCCAUGUUUCUUCCCGCUUUUCCAGCGUCUUGCCCGUACGUCACCGCCGUUGGAGCGACAACCGGCUUUCCUGAAUCGGCUGCCUGGAGGAAGCUGUCUUCCGGCGGCAUCUUUACCAGUGGAGCGGGCUUCAGCAACUAUUUCGACAUGCCCACCUACCAAGCCGAGACUGUGAAUACAUACGUGGACGACCUUGGAGGGCUCUAUGACGGGCUAUAUAAUAAAUCGGGACGCGCCUACCCCGAUCUUUCCUGCAUUGGACAAGUCUUUCCCGUUACGUGGAAUGGUAGCACACUCAACCUCGUCGGCACUUCUGGGUCUUCGCCCAUCUGCGCAGCUGUUUUCUCGCUGUUGAACGAUGCAUUGAUCUCUGAGGGACGCCCAUCCAUGGGUUUCCUCAAUCCAUGGUUGUACAAGUGGGGUCACACCCUCUUUACCGAUGUCACGAAUGGCACGUCUGCUGGCUGCAAUACGACUGGUUUCCCUGCGACCCCUGGGUGGGAUGCUGUGACCGGCUGGGGAACGCCAUUCCUCCCAAAACUGCUCGAGGCUUUCGGUUUGAAGUAA